AUGAGGGGAGUAAUAAGUUCAGGACCCAAAGCAUUUGCAGUGGGAAACAGUAGCGAGAAGCAGUGUAGGCAGAAAUCUGUUCCGGUCCUCUGGAGACAUAGGAUGGUAAGAUUUUCUCCAGCCAAAAUGUCAACCAAGCACUCUACAGAUCUAGUUGAAUAUGUUGACAAGGGUUCCCCCUUUCUUCCUGUCAUUCCAACCAGCCAGACAAGUCCUCUGGAAGACAGGCUGAAUAACCAGGAGCGCACCAUAGCCUUCCUCCUCGAGCAAGCCUUCCGCAUCAAGGAGGACCUCUCUGCUUGCCUCCACGGGGCCCAUGGCUUUCAAAAAGAAGAAUCUCUUGCCAGGAAGUUACUAGAAAGUCACAUCCAGACCAUCACUAGCAUCGUCAAGAAACUCAACCAAAACAUUGAGAUCCUAGAAGACCAAAUAAGAAUUCGAGACCAGGCAGCCACAGGAACUAACUUUGCAGUGCAGGAGCUAAACACCAAACACCAGCAUGGAGUUGGAGACCUUCGAGGAAGAGUAGCCAGAUGUGAUUCAAGCAUUGUGAAGCUUUCCGGAGACAUCCAGCUCAUCAGGCAUGAGUGCCGACAAGUUGAGAAAUCAUUUCAAGAACUCUUUUCUGCCCUAGAAACUGUUUCCAAGAACUUGGAUGUGAAGGUAACACAGCUCUUAGGAAAGAUAGAGGCAUCUACUUCAGAGCACACCUCAAACUUAAAGAUGGUCCAGGGAGAUUAUCGACAUGAAAUGAACCUCUUGGAAUUCAAAUUUAACUCACUUUCUACAAACAUGUAUGAAGAAGUUGAAAACAAUCAAAAAUGGACAGAAAGCCAGUUUAUCAAGUACAGAAAAGACCACCUGGGUCACAUAAAUGAAUGUCUGAAGGUUGUGCAGGAAAAGCUGGAAAAGUCUGAGACGAAAACAGAAGAAAAAAUACUGCAACUUUCAAGCAACUUGGAGAAUUACAUUAACUCCCAGAAACAGGAAGCAGAACUACACAAAAUAAAACUCAUAGAAAAUAAACUGUCCAAGAAGAUGAACCAAAUGGAAAAGCGGAUCUGGGGUGAAUUAGAGAAAAUGCAAAGUGACUAUCAAUCAGGAUUUAAAUCAAUUCAUGACUCCCUCAGCUCUCUCCAAAAAAUACAAAAAACAAAAAUGGAUUUAGAGAAAUAUAAAGUACAGAAAGACUUAAAGAAAUUACAGCGUAAAAUAGUGGAACUCCAGGAAGUCUGACUUUGAAGUUACUUUCUUUUCCACCAGCUAGUGGGAUCAGUUGUGAAGAAAAUUAACAUUUUUAGGAUGCUGACUACUUCUAGUGUUUCCUAUCACCUCUUAAGGAAAUUGAUGUAUCUGGGGGAAAAAAACACAAUAAAUCAAAAAGCUUCAUGAUGCCUUUAAUUUACUAAAGAAAAAUUAAGAAAUUUCUUUACAUGCACAUUGUUAUAUUUUUAUUUGCCCACAAAUAGGGGAAGACCAAUCUACAUUGUGACCUCAGAUGGAGAAAGUAAAUUCAUACACAUGGCAGACCAGUGAUGAACUGGAGACAACUGACUGUGCCUGAAAAUAACAGCAGCUAUGCGGUUACAAUUUGUUAUUAACGUGAAUUUUGUCCAUUAUUGCAAAACUUCUCCUUUUCAAAAGAAACAUCUCUAUUUUUAGCACUAGCAUUUGAAACCAAAAUAGUUUACACAUUUAUAAUCAAAAUACUUCAUAACUAUAAGGGAAACAUCUGUGGGAUGUAUACAUGAGAAGGCUAAUUUACAACUUCUGACCCAGAAAAUUCUCUUUUCUAACAAAACCAAUGUCUAUAGCAAGUCUAACUUAUGCAAAUUUAAAAUAUAUUGUCAUUUGCACUCAAUACAAUGUAUCAGAAUUGUAAGUAAUAACCCCUACAAAGCAAAAUAAUAUACUAGCUUCCAUUAAAAAAUACCCCUACAACAUUUAGCCUAUGUGCUAAAUUCAGAAGUACCUCAAAACCAUUGAUUUCCUAUCAGCUCUAAACACACAGCUGAACUAUAGAGCUGUUAUGGUUUCAUUUCUGUUCUUGUGAUGAAAUGCCCUAACAAAAACAACAUUAAGGGAGAAAGGGCUUGGCUUACAACUCAUUGUAGAAAAAUCAAGCAGUAGGAGCUUGUAGUGGUCCAUCAUCACACAGUUAGGAGAGAAAUGGAUGCAUCAGCAUUUCACAUGCUUACUGUGUUCAUCUGUCUCCACUCUUCCAUAGUGUAGGACACCCUGCCUAAGGAAUGGUGCCACUCACAGUGGGCAUGGUCUUCUCACAUCAAUUAAUUUAAAAUAGUUCCCUACAAAUAUGUCCAUGGGCCAACUAAACUGUAGACAAUCUCUCACUGAGAUGCUCUUCCCAGGUGAGUCUAAAGCUAAUCAUUCAAGAAACAUUGCUAUAAGGCAUUUUUUAUUUAUGAAAAAUAAAAGCAAACUAUUUGUGGCAUACACUAGUCAUGCUAGAACAAGGACUAAUUUCUAUUCACAGAGAUUUUUGUAAACCUGACAAGGCAAUUCAUUACCAGAUUUAGGAACCUUCUUUGGUUUAUAGAACAGCAACCAUUUCUCUCAUAAUAAAGAACAAUUUUAAUUCCCAAAUAUUUUACCUACACCCACUUCUCUAACUUUUUAACCAUGUCAAACAUCUCCAUUUAUUGUUAUUAGCAUAUACAUAGCAUAAUUAGCUCUGUAAUUGGAGGGAACUUCAUUAUAGAUUUAAGAGUUCAAAACACAAAAGCGUCCUUUGUAAUCAAAUGUCAUCCUAGGAUCAAGACCUGAUACUCUAAGUAAUCACAAAUGUUUGUAAAUCAUCAAGAAAAUAAUACAUUCAAAAUUUUAUUUUCAAAAUGGUCACAGGAUAUGAGUAGGUGACAGAAUAUGAUAACCAAUGGAAGUAUGAAAAAACAUUUAACUUCACUAUUAAAGAAAAAAAUCAAGGGGGCUCAGAUACUCUUUUCAGACUGGCAGAGAGUGAGUCAAUUGAUAAUACUGUGUGGACAAGUGUGAAAAAGAAAAUUUCUCAUUAAGUAUUAGUGAGUCUAUAAACUGGUAUGCUGUGAGAUGUUUUGUAUGGCAAAUGUGUUGCUCUGAUUGGUUGGUAAAUAAAACACUGAUUGGCCAGUAGUCAGGCAGGAGGAAGGAUAGGCAGGACAAGGAGGAGAAUAAAGCUGGGAAGUGGAAGGCUGAGUCAGAGACACUACCAGCCGCCACAAUGACAAACGGCAUGUGAAGAUGCCGGUAAGCCACGAGCCACGUGGCAAGGUAUAGAUUUAUAGAAAUGGAUUAAUUUAAGCUCUAAGAACAGUUAGCAAGAAGCCUGGUAUGGCCAUACAGUUUGUAACCAAUAUAAGUCUCUGUGUUUACUUGGUCGGGUCUGAGUGGCUGUGGGACUGGCAGGUGAGAGAGAUUUGUCCUGACUGUGGGCCAGGCAGGAAGACUCUAGCUACACUGGUACAAUGAUUUAGAGGGUAAUUUGGAAGCAUCUAUUAAAUGUUCUUCCUUUCCUCUUCUCCCCUCAACUCCCAACUUUCUAUCAUAUACACACCCUUCAGACCUACAAUUCUGUACAUGUAAGUUCACAUCAUAGACCAAAGUUCCCAAAGACCUUGUAAACUCACAUCCAGGACUCAUACACAAGCGGUUCUGAAGACAAAGAAACUAUGAUGGUCAUAGAAUCAUUUAACCUCUGUUUAGCGGACAGUAGAGCACUGGACCUCUCUCGCCUUGCAUUAUUUCACUUAAGUUCACUCAAAAAAAAAAAAUCAGCAUGAAUAAGCUGCUUUUCUGAGAGAAGGUCCAGACAGAGGCAUGGCACUUAGUCUAUGUUAAAUGCUUUUGCUUAAUCAUUUAGGAAGUGUGGGGCUCCUCUCCCCACAAACACAGGCUAAUGCUGGAACACUAUCUCUGUAAUCAUAUGCAGAAUAUAUGAUAAAGUAGCUCAUAUGCUUUUUGUAUACUAAUACCACUUACACAGUCUUGGAUAGUGUAAGGGUCCUGAUGUCUCCCAGCAUUUAUCUUCCUUUUAAAGAACCUGCUCCUAGAAAAAAAAUCUCUUGAUGUUUGUUGUAGCAGUGACUAAAACACAGUGUGUGUGUGUGUGUGUGUGUGUGUGUGUGUGUGUGUGUGUGUGUGUAACUACAUCAAAUGAAAAGGUUUUCACAUAACAAAACAUGAAAAGACAAUAUGGGGGCUGGCAUAGAGAUGGCUCAGUGGAUUAGAACAUUUGCUGCACAAGUAUGAAGACCUAAGUUGAGAUCCCAGCACCCACAUAAAAAGCUGGUAUGUCCACACCUACACCUGCAGGGGGCUGAGAUGGGAGGAUCACUAGAGCUUAUUGAUGCCAGUAUAACCCCAGGUUCAUUGAAAGACCCUGUCUCAAGUAAGUGAGGUGAAGAAAAGAGUGAUAGGAUAUUUGAUGUUCUCCUCUGGCCUUGACUGUAUGCACAAGUACACACACACACACACACACACACACACACACACACAGAGAGAGAGAGAGAGAGAGAGAGAGAGAGAGAGAGAGAGAGAGAGAGAGAGAGGGAGAGCUGCAGAAUAGGGAAAUAUGAUUGUCCUUCAGCAUCAGCAGGGCGUGAUGAUCCAUACAAGUUGAACUCUCAUGUAAAAUCAUGUAACAUUUGCUGAAAACCUGCAUAUUUUUUUGUUCUGGUGUUGGAGUGACUCCAGAGUUUCAAGUAUACUAUACAUACACUCUACAAUUCAGUCAUAUGCCUAGCUAUGUUCUUUAAAACCUCACUAGAUUACUUAUAAUAUCUAAUACAAUGUCAGUGUUACAUAGUUUUGCUGAACUGUUUUUUGGGGGGUUUUGUGGGGGAAUGAUAAAAGAAGUACAUGUUCAAUACAGGUUUGUGGGAGUCUGUCAGAGUCCAGUUCUGACCUGUUCCCACCUUAUGAAGAGUUCUUAGGUGGAGAAGAGAGGAAGGAGGAAAUACUAGGUAGAAAGAUAGAGAUGAUAAGGAAGACAGAGACACAGGAUAGCUUCGGGAGGGCCCUGGGUCAAUACCCAGAUGCCCAGUCCUUUAUUCAAAAGGGCUUUUUUUAUAAUAUGCCAAGAGAGGCAGAAGACUUCCCCCUUGCAAGAUCAAAUCACACCAUACAGCCAAGUGUAGACCCUUCCAAACAUCUGGUAAACACACCUGUAGCAGGAAUCUUAAAAGUUCUUAUUAAUGAAAUCAAACGAGCCAGUUUUGGGGGUGAACACUGGAAGAUCAGAAAGAAGAAGCCACAGCUACCUCACUUUGCCAGAUCCUCAACUGGUCUUGUUUCCUCAGACUGGAGGCCUCUGAGUCCUCAUCCAGAAUGGGUCUCAGCUGAACUGCUGAGACUGAAUGCUUAACCAGGCCAAAUGCUUCUAGUUUCUGGUCCUCACGCCUUAUAUACCUUUCUGCUUUCUACCACCACUCCCUGGGAUUAAAGGCUCACUUUCUGGGAUUAAAGGCUUUCUGGGAUUAAAGGCGUGUGUCACCAUGCCUGGCCGUUUAUAAUGUGGCCUUGAACUCACAGAGAUCCCAGAUGGAUUUCUGCCUCUGGAAUGCUAGGAUUAAAGGCGUGAGUGCCACCAUUUUCUAGCCUCUGUAUCUAGUGGCUAUCUGUUCUCUGACCCCAGAUAAAUUUAUUAGAGUACACAAUAUUUUGGGGAACACAAUACCACCACACACACCCCUGGCCAAAUCAUCCUAUUAUGUAGCUCUACUGGGUAAACAAGUUCAGAUUCUCUGACCUUGAGUAAUUUCUCACUAGGAAGCCUCGGUGGGUCUCCACACACAUUCAACUUUUAAAAUGCUUUUUACCUGUGGUUGAAUCCACAGAUGAGUAACCUGCAGAUAUGGAGGGCAGACUUCAUGUUUAAACCAUAUUGAGGGUUGACCUAUCUAGACACUCCUUUGUGGAGGGGGUGAGAAAGUGCAGCAUCAAUGACACAGAUACUGGGAGUCAGGUGAGAAGCAAGCAGCAGACUUGUUUAUUGUGGAUAUGGGAUGAACCUAUAUACCCUCUCCUGAUUUCUCAUUGGCAGCCAGAGACUCUCUUAGCUGUGUUGUCUCUUUCUCAUUGACCCCCAGCAUUCUGAUGGUUGUACAUUACCAAUCACCAGGUGUAGAGGCAGACUCCAAGUUGGCUCAGCAGGAAGUAGCUAGCACGUAUGCUUAUGUGCACUACCUGGAACAGGGCAGCUGCGGUUUUAUCAGGCUAGCUGGCUGUUCCUCCUAUACCAUAUAUUUGAUAGGAGUCUAAUAUCUUGAUCUUAAGGAAGUUAUGAUCUAUGGAAAAAGCCAAUAAUUACAUUUGAAAUACAUGGGCAAAGGUGUGAUGAGGGCUAAGGUAAGUGGAAUAGAGUGAGCACAGGUCUGGAGGACAAGAAAAUGGAUCUGUGAAGUGCAAGAAAUUCAAUAGUCAGAGCCUAAAGUGUGUCAUGGGAGAUGGUGAUAGGAGGAAAGUGCAGGAAAUGGGUAGAGAGAAAGCUGGAGAAUGUAGGGAGUGUGGGGGUCCCAACUACAAAAGCCCUUGUAAUUAAUGUUGAGAAAUCAGGCUUUAUCCUAAGGACUCAAGAUAGGCCCCAAGCCAUUUAAACAGAAGAGUAAUAUUGCCAGAUUUGCACUUGAUAUUCUUUUUCUUGGAGUGUGCAGGACAGGGUGGAAGUAGCAUAUUUGGGCUUCUGAAAGGAAGAGAAGUUAUGCCGCAGAGCAGGGACUGUGCACUCAGGUUUAUCUGGGGACGGUCAAAGCUAUGUGUCCAGUGGUUAAUGAAAAAAAUGGAGCCUGGAUAAAAAUCCAGACAGGAAAUUUAGCUUUGAAAGUCACCAGCACAGGAAAGGCUACUGGAGUUAGGAGUGGGGAAGACUUGCCUGGGAGUGAGGACCAUGGCUGUAGGGGGCAUGAGUACUGUGAGGGGAAGAACCAAGUGCUGAAGGGACAGCAAGGCCUGAUAAGAAUGUAAACAGUGAUGUAGUAGAAGAGGUGGUGUAGACAAGAGGCAGUGUCUUCUUGUUGUCUUCAAGGGUCUUGUUGACUCAUUAGCAUUCUAUUGGCACUGCUUCAAGAAUUGUUAGAUCCCACCUACUAAAGAUGGCCCUGCCUUUCAAUGUAAACAGAAUGACUUAAAUGCUUUCUUGAUUGCUCAUCUAUUUCAUAGAUAAAUACAUUGUCCUUUCAAACACAGAGGGUGAUGAGCACCCCUUCAGAGGCAGGACUGCUACAAGGAAAUAGACGACUCCUGGAUGUGAUCCCACUCUGAUCUCUCAGAGUCACACACACUUGUAGAAAGGUUUACUAAUUCAGAUCUUUCUUAUUCUAUAGGCAUGAUAUUUUCUGAUUCCAUGGGCUGAAUUUCACAACCCCACCUCCAGGUAGAUUGUAGCUACUUCAUUUUCAGAAGAUAUACACGUGACAAAUGUGAAUCUGAAAUGACUGACGUAUUUACCACUAUGUCAUGAGCCACAUCCACUUUAACAGCCUCAGAAACAAGUGGGGAGAAAAGCUACUAAUUUUCAGAGAAUUUGAUGGGUGUUGAGGGCUACAAAACCUGAAUUUAAUUCUGUACCACAAUCACCAUCUGUGUGGCUUUAGAUUUGUUCUGUCAUUUCUGCUUCCUCAUCUUAAAAUGGGACAAUAAAUACUGCAGUUGCUUUGAAGGUUGCUGAAAGACUAGAAGGAGCAUUUAUUGAGGUAUUACCAGAUACUAAAGGCUUCUCAAGGCAGUCUAAAUUGAUUAAACCAUUCAAACUACCAGAUACUUACAACCACAGAGAGGUUAAGUAACUUACAUAAGGUCAGGUCACUAGAUGAAGCCACCAUUUGAAGUCACUAGUCCAGAGAACUUGCUUUAAACAAUAGUUUGACCUUUGUCUUUAAAGCAGAUUAUCUCACAUUAGGGUCUGACCUAGUAGAGACUAUACUUAACAUUUAUUAUAAAAUAAUAUAAAUAUAAACAUUUACUAUAAAUAGAGUAUUUCGUUUUCCUGAGGAAAGACAAGUUUCAUGGUUCUUUUUCACAUAACUCUAAUUCAGAUUAUAUCUAAAAAUAUUUGUGCGUAAAAGAUAUUUAGUAUGCAUAAGAAAAAAAUACUUCUGAUUGUACUAAAUCUAGCAAAGAAGAGAAGUAGAUAGAAUGCAAAAUAGAGAUUUCUUCUGGAUGACCUCUGAUAAUGAAACUAUUUCCUAAUUGGAAAAGCACUUUCUUCUACUAUCUUGGGAGGAAGGGUAACAGCUGAAGAGACAUUAUGGACAUUGAGUGUUCCAUAAGGUGCCAAUACCAAUUUGCAAUACAUCCUAUUUCCUCCAUUAAAUUGAGCCAUCAAAGCAAAAGCAAAAGCCCUUAUGCCAAGUAGAAUCCAUUAGCAUCCAAUUGGCAGAUGCUUCUCCAGGAAAGUUAUACACUGUGCUCAUAAGACAAGUAUCCAAAGACAGACUUCAAGUAGGUAUUGGCUGUAGUAUUAAGGCAACUCCACGUAGUUAAAAGGGAGGUUUAUUUUGUGGGAUAACUUACAAGUAAAGGGAUAGGUUACAGGGUCCGGGAAAGGUGUAGUGCAGUCCAGCAGUGUUCUCUGGAGAACUCUGCUCAAUCUACCUCCAGCGUCCAGGAUCCAGGAACCAAGAGAGCCGGCACAUCCAGAUCCCAAGUCUUAAGGGCUCCUGUCUCGGCCCCACCUUGUAGGCCUGACAGUUACCAAAGCCUCAAUGGGGGUAGUACUUCCAGGUCAAAGCUGGAACAGCUACCCACUACAAGUAGGUAAUGCUUAGAUGGUACUGGACAAAUUCAUACUUCUGCAACUCAACCACCCUGCAUCAUGGACUUUUUUCUAUUCUCUGUUCUAUAGUCAACCACUUAAGUCUUUUAAAUAAAAGGCUGGCACAUAUUCAUGACACCAACUCAAUAUCUUCAAGAAAUGUAGGAUAGGCAAAUAGAUGAGUAAUGAAAAAUGGAACACACACAUGAGUUUUUAUCAACUACCUCCUUUGAAGGGUUAGUGGACAAUCUAGUGCAAAGAUCACCCACCGUGUUCAGGUACCUAUGAUAUGAGGCUCAAAAGUAAGUUGACAGGCUGUAGGAAGAAGUUAGAGAAACACAAGGAGAAAAAUAAGGGCUAUGACAUCACCAAGGAUUAAAUGGAACAACUAGCUCACUUUGGCCUUGGUUUUCCAUAAAGUUCAGAACUGAGUCUGUAUUCUCUAUCACUACAAUGACUCACACUUACUAAAUGGUUUCUUUGGAGGGCACUGCUUUCCUCUUCAGGUUCCUCUAGAACUCAGAUGGCUGUGGUACAUUCUUAAUCCAGCUUGUUAGAACAACUAAGGUACACACACAGCUCUUCUACGUUUCUUUGAAUUACAGCAAUUAUGAGAAACAGACACCAUGAUCACUUAGGUAGAUUCUACUUGACUAAAAGUACAAAUUUAGAAGUGAACUCUGAUCCUUGUUCCCCCUCUAAAGCAGGAAAAUUUAUUGUACAAAAUGAUGUGGGAUUAAAGGAAUAACGAGUUUAGCACACAGUAGGUAUUCCAUCUAUCUCUGCAUGUGAGUUCUUGGAUACUGAAGGGCUGGUGGGAAACAGCUACUACAAAAAGGGUGCAAAAGUAUAAACAUCCAUGACUGAUGAUGCAAAUGAUUGGCUGCUGUCAUGUCAAGAUACUGUAUCUUAAUUUGGGUUUCCCUAGAAGCUACUUGACUAGCACAGUCUUAUUACUGGCCAUUUCUUAAUAUUUACAUAUUAGUCAUCAUUUCUCGUGAACUGGAGUCCAGAAAGCUUGCUUUAGAAGAGCCUUUCAAUCACAUGCAUAGCACAGGGAAUCUCAAGAGAUUCAGGAGUGUGUUUACCUCCAUCUUACAGAAGCUGCUUAUUGUUAUGUCCAAUGUGGACCCCCAGUAUGGCAGCCCUGCUGACAUUGUCCUAAUGACAAUAUGGACUUAAUUCAGGCUGGACUCUGACCCAAUAAAUAGGAUGGUUAGCUGGUAAACAAAACAUAAACUCAGUGUUCCUCAGAAACCUUAUGAAUCUGGUUUCUGUUUGUCAGGAAAAGCCAUUACUUCCGUAUCCAGAUGCCUCUACAGCCAACUGCCUCCAGCAAAGGCAUCUGGUUUCCAAUUAAACAAGCCUGUAAUGGAUCAAAGCUCUGGUGCUAGUUCCUAGGCCAUUCUGGUUUGCACUCCACUUCGGAUACUCUAACUCCCAGCUGUUCUGGCUCACAUUCCUCCCCCCACCACUGUCCCCUUAAAACUGGCCAGGCUCUUCCCCCCAUUUGCUGUUCUCUGCUCCUGAGAGACAGCUUGGAAGCUUGGAUCCACAAUAAACCUUUCUUUCUACCCACAGAGUGGUCCACUUUGGUGGUCUCAUUGCACCUUGCUUACACAUAUCAAUGCAAAUUUCUCCCCCAGCCAGUGUUUUUACUUUCUCUCUAACUUCCUCUUCUUCUUUCUCCAUGAAAAACCAUCUGUUCCAUCUGGCUUCUUCCUUGUGCCCAGACAUAUUUGUGUCACAAACAUAAGAGAAAUUAACACUUCCAGAAAUGUCCGUCCUCAGGAAAACACCCAGCUCAGUCUGUAAGAUAAGAACGGUUGUCUUUGGCUCGGCACCACCUGCCUUCUUCCUAACUUCCCAGACCUCUGAGCUAAUGUGUUUACAAAAGCUGUCUCUACUUUCUUCCUAAAAGCAUCAAAUAGUGCAGAUCAAUUCAACCUUUUUCCAAAAAAGUUAACACUGCCUACUAAUUUAUUAUACAGCGUUUUUUUCCAUAUAGAGAUUAAACAAUGAGCAUAUUUGGUAUGAUCAAAGUGAGGGAAUGACAUUAAAAAGGCAGGAGCUUAAAGACUCAAUUAUUUAAGAUUUACAAAACAUUGUGAAUGCUCUAUUUAAUGUCUGUGGCCUUGUAAAAAGCACAACCUAUUUGGCAUAGUGCAGGAGCAUGUAAUUACAUUCAACCAUUCACAGAUGGUGGCUUCUGCAAAGCAUCCUUUGAGAAAGGACCACUUUCCUUUCUAGUCUUAUAUCUAAGACCAUUCCCUACCUUUCUUUACCAUAUGAGCCUUGUUGCAAAGGGUUUCUAUCCUAAGGUUUACAUAUGUACAGGGGUUGCAGCAACAGUUUGUUCUAGUACUUUGUUUCAUUCAUUUCUGGUUUGGAAAACUUUGGUGAUCUCAGAGCAAUAGAAAGUCACCAUUAGAAAUCUAGCUAAGACCCUGAAUUCAUCAAUUCAUAGACAAAGGCCAAAAGACAAGACUUAUACAGUCACAAAUCUAGUAAAUACUUAAGACAAGCUUUUAAAAAUGAUUCUAUACUACACAUAGUGCAUUUUGAUCAUAUUCUCCUCCAAGUUUCCCCUAACUCCUCCCAGAUACACAGUCUCCGCCCCUCCCCAGAGACCAUAGCCGUCAAUAGCACCUGAGCCGACUGUUGACUGACUAGGCUGUUGAGUUCAUGAGUGCAAUGGUCCUGCCACGUCCAGCACAUGUGAUCAAUAGCAACUGAGCUAGGGUGGAGGCUUGUGAGCCCCUUCCUGCUCCUUCCUGGACUGCUGACUGACUAGGCUGUUGAGUUCCUGAGUGCAGCGGUCCUGCGAUGUCUAGCACAUGCUGUUGAUCAGGUCUUCCUCAAUCUCCAGCUUAGAAUCUUUCAGCUCUCUCUUACAAAAUGGUUCCUGAUCUUUGGGGAGGGAGUGUGAUGUGGCUAAGCACUCCAGACACUUAUUCUUUGUAUUUUCACUAGUUAUGAGUUUCUGCAUAAAUCCUGUCCACUGAAAUUUCUCUGGUAAGGUCUGAGAUCUGCACUAACCUAUAGGUACAGAAAUAAGAAUUUUGAGGGCAGUUUGACACUGUUCAUUUAGCAAAAUACUAGCAGUAGGUUUAUCUCUUUGGCUUCAAUCCAUGGGCUAACUCUUGGCCAGAUUUACAGCACCUCCUGAUUGGAUUUAAGUCCAAUCAGAAAGUGGUUGGUUACCCCCAUAUUUGUGGUAGAAUUGCACUCACAGCUUUAUCUUGCCAUGCCUGUUAUACAUCACAGGGAUCACAGCUGGGUAAGAUUACUGAUGUUUUUCCCUCAGCAGCCUGCCUAGUACCUUCCAGUACAUGAAAAAUAGGCAGGCAACCUCCUGUGCAGUACCACCUCCACGUACUUUGAUUGUGUGGUGUCUUCAGGAACAGCAUUUCACCAUCUAGUUCUGGGGGGCAGCCAAGAACAAUGGCAAUAGACUGCACUGUUAAGGAAUAUCCAGGACCCUCUGAUCAACAACUUGAAGGGAGGAUUUUUGUACCUGGUAGCUGGGAGGAGCAGUACCCUAUGUAGGAAAACUCCAAUCAGAUUCCUUUAUAUGACUGUGUGUGUUUGAGAAGCUUUAAAACAGUACUUGUGUGUGUACAGUGAUGUGUGUAUGUGGGUGCACAUGUUGGAGUAUACCUGUGGAGGUCAGAGGAAACUUUCAAGGAGUUGGUUCUUUCUAUCCAAUACAAAUUUUACAAAUGGAACUCAGGUUGCCAGGUAGGUACCUUUAUCUGCUGAAACAUGCGUCUUCAGUGUGAGUGGAAUUAAUGCAUUUAAAAAGAGAAUUAGAUAGAAAUGAUUACUGAUGAGGUUUUAUGAAAAAUGCAUUUUAUUUGUAUAAUAAUUGUAUUUAUUAAAUUCUAUCAUUGACCUCUUCCCUUUUCUCCCUCCAACUCCUCCCCUUGCUCUCUCUCAAAUUUAUGGUCUUUUUUUUUUCUUAUUACAUACAAGUGUGUGUGUGCAUGCACAUGAAUGUAUUCCUACAUAAAUACAAUCUGUUCAGUUCAUACGAUGUUACCUGUAUGUAUACGAUCUCAGGGCUGACCAUUCGACAGGCCUGCCUUAAACAAUAAUGACAUCAAUGGACAUGCUAACACAGAAAAAGAGAAAUCUCUCAGGGCCUCAAUCCUGUGUGGGUGCCUGUAGAGGCCAGAAGAAGGUUUUGGAUCCCCUGGAGCUAAAGUUACA